AUGUAUGGGCGUAAAAGUGCGAAUUUUCAAUGGAUAGUGACCCGAGAAAUGGUGACGUUGGAAGGUUUUAAGAGGAAGCUUUGUGAAUAUUUCACAUUUUCGGAUGGGACAAAAAACGAGCAUAUUGUAAUAGGUCGUGUAGUAGGUGGUACCGGCUUGAAGAGAAAAUUUUUGACAGGAAAAAUGCAUAAAAAAUUAGACCAGGCAAGUUUGAGUUCCCAGAGUGCAAGUGACACGGUUGAGAUUGUGGCAGAGCGUAAAGUUAUUCAGUUUUCUGCUGAUAAGGAUUUAUUGAGCAUUAUCUGGACUGUUGACCCCAAGGUGGAUCUGGAAAUAGUUGUGGAUACGUGUAAGUAUUAUCAAGUUAUUUAA